AUGCUGAGGCUUCUGCUGCUGCCAGCGCUCUUGGCCCCGCCAACUGCAGCGUCAAUCGGCCAUAUCUUGCACCUCUCUGACGUUCACCUGAACAUCUCUAAAUCUGGAUCUUCAUCGUCAGAGGACGCUCCCAUCCGCUACUUCGCCGACGCGCCCUUGACGCUCUUGGAGUCUGCGCUCCGUUAUGCCAAAGAGCACGUCGUGGCCAGCCCUGAGCUGUUCCUCUAUACGGGGGACCACGCGGUCCAUGGGUCACUAACUGACGAGUUUAUCGCCAAAGUCGUGGCGACAAAUGUGCACACAAUGGAGAGUUAUUACCCGCCCAAGCGUGGGAUGAUGAUGGACGUUACUGCCAUUGUUGGCAAUGCGGACGGGAAUCCGGACUAUCACAUGGAGGUGACGAACCCAAAGACGGAGACAAACCCGUCCAUUGAGCUCAUUUCGGAAGUAUGGAAGGACUCGCUCUCGGCUGUAAACAUGGAUAUGCUGAAUCGAGGUGGAUAUCUGAAAUAUGCACUGGAUGAUAAGCUGCACAUGAUCACGCUGAAUACUGUGCCAUACUCGCCAAGUCAUGUGCCGGAUACAUCAAACCAGCCGGAUCCAUUUGGGCAGUUUGCGUGGCUGGACAAGACGCUUGCAGAACUUCAGGAUGCUGGCAAGGUGGCGUACAUUGCUGGCCACAUUGCCCCAAUCGUGGACUCAUAUGGAGGUGAUCCCCAGUGGCACACGAAGUACAUUGUCAAGUACAAGAGUAUCGUUGGCAAGUAUGCCGAUGUAAUCAAAGCGCAGUUCUUUGGCCACGUGCAUAGUCUCGAGUUCCGUGUGCCCGUGAUGUCGCUCGACGGGGCUGGCGCUGAGAGCAAUACCUUCCAGCUGCUGCCGAUGUUCAUGUCGGGCUCAAUUUCGCCACUUUUUGGCAACAAUCCGUCGUUCAUGGUAUGGGAAUACGAUACCGAUACGUACGAGGUGCGUGACUACGCCGUGUAUGCGUCCGAUAUCAGGAACAGCAAACCUCAGCUAAAGUGGAAGCUGCUGUUCAAGGCGAGCGAUGCGUACGGUCUGAAAUCACUAUCUCUGAAGGAGCUUUCGGCCUUUGUGCGGCGUGCCGAGCAAAAUGUGAGUUUGGUGGACGACUAUUACUGGAACAUGAAGGCGCGUUCACCUAACGCUGGUGCUUGCAAAGACACAGUCUGUCAUGCGAAGACGUUGUGCUCGCUCAAGUGGUGGACUACUAAAGGCGAGUAUCUGGCCUGUUUCGACACUAUUCGAUUGACGAUGGCUGGUCACGUCAUUGACUACGAUAACACGAAGAUGUUGGGAGCGGCUGCCGUCAUUGCGGAAGCUCCAUUGAACGACUUAGAGAUGAAUGGGGUACUAGUGACGAUUGGCGCGACAGCUCUAGCGACCGCCGUUGCAGUGGUUUGUGUUGCAUUGACCGUCUACACGCUGAGACGUAGUGGAAUUCUCAAGUACUCCACAGCAUACGAAUCUGUGACAACGUCCUAG